CGGGCGGGGCCAUGGGCCGGGGCGGGCCCGCCAUGCGCUACAACGAGCGGGAGCUGCUGUCCCUGGCCCGCCAGCCCGCCGAGAAGGCGGCCGAGAUCCGCAUGAGCGUCCCCAAGAAGGGCAACGUGCUCAAGAAGCGCCUGGUGAAGCUCGUGGUGAAUUUUCUCUUCUAUUUCCGCACCGAUGAGGCCGAGCCCAUUGGAGCUCUGCUGCUGGAGCACUGCAAGAUCACCAAAGAGGAGGAGAACAUUUUCUCCAUCAGUUUCAUCGAGGAGCCAGAGAGGAAAUACUGCUUUGAGUGUGCCACGGAGGAGCAGUGCCAGGAGUGGGUGGAGGCACUCAAGAGAGCCAGCUACGAGUUCCUGAGGAGGAGCCUGAUUUUCUACAGGAAUGAGAUCCAGAAGAUGACAGGGAAGGACCCCCUGGAGCAGUAUGGGAUCUCAGAGGAGGCUCGAUUCCAGCUGGGAGCACACAGGGAGCUGUGACCCUCCCCUGCUGCAGCUCCCCACACUGACCACCUGACUUUUUUAUUUAUUACCCAAUCAUUUUGUACUUUUUUUUUUAAAAGGAAUUCGUUGCACAUUCCCAGUGCCCCAGCUGGGGGGGCUGAGCUGUUCUGGGGGUGCUGCAGUGGGAGCAGAGCCCCCAG